UGCGACCAGACAAUUUUUGACUCCAGAAUAUUUCUAUAUAUUUGGGCUACCCUGUGAAUAUUAUGGGUUAAUUUGAUAAACUCGUAUUGAAACAGAAGAAAAAUGAUCUGUAGGAAAGGUGAGAAGAGUGGUAGCUAUGUGACAGGCCCCCCUGUCAUGGACUCCAACAAAGAGUAUGUCAAUCCUGGCACUGAAGAUCAGAUGGCUAUAGAGGGAUACAGACUAAACAAAUGGAAGCGAGCCUUUACCUACCUAGCCUGUGUGGUGACGGGGGGAUUCCUGCGACUCGUGUUCUAUUGGUGUCCCCAUUGGCUGCUGCAGUGGACACAUUCGCCCUGCCCUCUAGGAGAGGCAGAGUCUAUACUUCUCUUGGACCAGUACAAACAGUGGUUUGUAUCGAAAGUCCUCCUCACAACCAAGCACGGCACCAGGAUCAAAGAGGUGAAAUCAUCUCCGUCGAUUUCCUUCCAGCCAAGACGUCGGAACAACCCUGCAUGUACAACUGUACGCGACGCAGCAAUUCCCGACAAUGAUAAGGAUGUUGCUGAAGCUCUCCUUUCCCGUCCCGAAGCACAUACUGACGACAGUAUUAUACGAUAUUUCAUGGUGAAGAAAGUGAAGUACCUAUGGAACCGUCAUCAUCAAACUUUUGAAAAACUCGGAGGGUUUGAUGAAGGUACACUGUGUUCAUACUUCCAUGAAACCCAGGGACUGACAUCUGAUGAACUGGAAGAGAGGAGUAUUCUGUAUGGUAUCAACUCUAUCCAAGUCAGUGUAACACCGAUUGUUGUCCUUCUUAUCAAAGAGGUGCUGUCUCCGUUCUAUGUGUUCCAAGUAUUCAGUAUGUGUGUGUGGUACUCCGAUGAAUACUACAUCUAUGCCACAUGUAUCCUCCUGAUAACAACCAUCUCCAUCACUACUUCCAUCUACCAAACCAGAUCUAUGCAGCGAGCAUUGCGUAACACCAUUCAAUCAUCUACGACAGUGACAGUUUUCCGUGGCGAUGAUGAACCCUGUAACAUCCAAUCAGAGGACCUUAUCCCGGGAGAUGUUAUAGAGAUUCCGCGCCAUGGCUGUGUCAUGCAGUGUGAUGCUGUCCUCGUCGCUGGAAACUGCAUUGUUGACGAGAGCAUGCUCACAGGAGAGAGUGUUCCGGUCACUAAGACCCCUCUCCCAAACCCUAAGCUUGUGAAACCGGGUGAACAGUUAACAACGACCUUUGACAUCAAAGAGCAUGCACGGCAUGUCCUGUUCUGUGGCACACAUAUCAUACAGACACGUUACUAUGGUAACAAGAGAGUCCGGGCUGUGGUAGUUAGGACAGGGUUUUCUACAGCCAAAGGUGAACUUGUACGCUCCAUCCUGUAUCCCAAACCUGUCGACUUCAAAUUUGAGCGAGACACCUACAUUUUUGUGGGUGUGCUGGCUUUAAUCGCAGCCUUAGGCUUCAUUUACACCAUUAUAUUAGAGAUCCAGUACGGUGAGGAUGCAAAAGACAUCGCCCUUCACUCCCUCGACAUCAUUACUAUCACCGUACCGCCCGCACUACCAGCUGCCCUCACUGUGGGCAUCAUCUUCGCUCAGCGUCGUCUUAAGUCUCAUGGUAUCUACUGCAUCAGUCCACGGGCCAUCAACAUCGCUGGUAGUCUGAAUGCUGUGUGCUUUGACAAGACUGGUACUCUGACAGAAGAUGGACUCAUGAUGCAGGGUGUGGUACCGUCAGAAGAUGCCUGUUUCCAUGAUGAGAUCCGGGAUAUGUCCGAUGUUACCAAGGGUUCGGUGCUAGUGUGUAUGGCGACGUGCCACUCGCUGACUAAGAUAGAUGGUGUCCUCAGUGGAGAUCCCCUCGACCUCAUUAUGUUCUCAUCUGUAGGCUGGGACCUGGAGGAGCCGGGCCAGGAGGAGGCUAACAGAUUUGAUAUGAUGGUGCCAACCAUUGUGUAUCCCUCUAAAUCACCGGAUGUGCUCAAGGAAACUAUCGACUUUGCUGAUAAGGUGGACCCACACCAAAAAGAGGAGUAUGGAAUCCUGCGUCAGUUCACCUUCAGUUCUAGCCUACAACGAAUGUCGGUCAUCGUUAGACAGCUCCAGUCGCCUAACUUUGAACUUUACUGUAAAGGCGCCCCCGAGAUGAUCGCCAGCCUCUGCCGACCAAACACAGUGCCUGAUAACUUCCAAAGUGUACUGAGUUCAUAUACCCAACAUGGUUACCGUGUGAUUGCUUUGGCUUGGAAACCACUUUCUUCUAAAAUAAACUAUGUUAAAAUACAGAGGAUGCAGAGAGAACAAGUAGAGAAAGAUCUACUGUUUCUUGGACUUCUCAUCAUGGAAAACAAGUUAAAACAAGAGACAUCGCCAGUCAUUUGUCAGCUUCGUGAGGCAAACAUUCGAACUAUCAUGGUCACAGGAGACAACAUACUGACAGCCCUGAGUGUGGCACGAGAGUGUGGAAUGGUAGACGCACCGGACAAAAUUAUCCUGGCUGAAGCAUUUUACCUUCCUGGGGAUAACACACAGUCAAACCCACAGCUAGAAUUUGUGUAUGCUGAUGACCGUAACAGGAAAGUUGAGGAAAUAUUUACUGGAGAGGACAUGACCAUCCAGAUAGAUGACCCGUAUGACAAGUUUCAUUUUGCAGUCACGGGGAAAUCCUGGAGUGUUCUUCGUCAGCAUUUCCCGGAGGUAUUACCCAAGAUUGUAGUGAGGGGGUCAGUGUUUGCUCGGAUGUCUCCCAGUCAGAAGGCACAGCUUGUUGAAGUACUACAGGAAGUGGGGUACUAUGUAGCGAUGUGUGGUGACGGAGCUAAUGACUGUGGGGCUCUGAAGACCGCCCACACCGGAAUUUCCCUUUCUGAGGCUGAAGCAUCCGUAGCAUCUCCAUUUACAUCUAAGACUCCUAACAUCCGAUGUGUGCCCACAGUUAUAGCUCAGGGAAGAGCUGCCUUAGUGACGUCCUUUGGGAUAUUCAAGUACAUGGCCUGUUACAGUCUCACACAGUUUAUAUCUGUCUGUUUACUGUAUUGGAUCGGGGCCAACAUGACAGAUUUUGAGUUUUUGUACGUGGAUUUAAUUUUGGUAUCCACACUCAGUAUUACAUUUGGAAGGACCGAGGCUCACCAAAGUCUGGCCAAGGAGCCACCGCCAUUUAGACUGACCAGUCUGUUACCGAUCAUGUCUCUGGUCAUACAGAUAGGAAUACAGAUGUCUGUACAGGUCUUCUGCUUCUACCACAUACAAACUCAGCCAUGGUUUAAACCAUACGAGGAGAAUCCAGAUGAUAACUACACCAGUUACGAGAACACAGCAGUAUUCUACGGUUCUGCCUACCAGUAUAUUAUUUUGGCCAUAGUAUUUGCCAAGGGACCACCAUACAGGAAGCGACUUUUUACUAAUUAUUUCUUUUUAGGGAAUAUCAUCACCUGUACAUUGCUAACGAUGUGGUUGACAAUUUACCCACCAGAGGGAGCUCUAGAGUUCCUUGAGUUGAUGCCACCAGAAUCCAUCCCGUAUCGUCUGUUGUAUGUGGGUGCCGCUGCUGCAAAUCUUAUCCUGUCCAUUUUGCUGGAGAUGUUUGUGCUUGACAGCAUAUUCGUACGAAAGAGAUGUAACUAUUACGCUAAAAAGUGGCUGACUCUUGGUGUUCAUCGCUACACUGAAAUUGAGGAGGAAAUAGACGCAUGUCCAGACUGGCCACCGGUGAGUCCCUCCUCGAACAGUCUGUCCACCGGUUAUGUCCAGCUGGAGAGUCAGCUGUCCCGAAUCGACCCCAAAGAUAACGACCAUAUCCUACCACCAGACACGGACACGGACACAAUCAGUCUGAAGUCUCAGAGCUCCUCCCCUCUCAAGUCUGUAUCUAGUGUAGACGAUUGUCUAAUGGAGGAGGACAAUGUGAGUGGUCAGUUUGACCUUGGGCAGCCAUUGCUAAGACAAAGCUCAACUGAGGGAUCCUAGCACAGGCCACACUACAUGAUUACAACUACUGCUGAAUGCUCUCAUGAAUAUUAGCUUUAAUUGGCUCAAACAGUACAGAUUAUAUAACAUUGUACUUCAUACUUUGAUCCACUUUUGUAAAAAAAAAACUGUUAAAGAUGCUAGAUCGCCGACAGAUGCUGAAAAUGGCAUCCAGGGUAUAGAAUUUUAUCUAAUUAACACAAAAAACAAAAUUCCAAAAUUGCUUUUAUAAUGAUCAGUUAUUGGACAAAUGACCAAACUUUAUAUACCAGAUAUGGAAGCAGAG